AUGCCAAGACAUUCAGUUACUAAACACCAGGUAAACUUAUUAGCUUAUGUCUGCGAUCAAAUCCGUCUUGUAGUUCUCGUACAAACGAUUCAGGCACUUUCUUAAAAUUGUUUUAUCUUGUUAUUUGAAAAGGAUUUCAGAAAACCAGCAAUGGAGAGGAAAAGAAGACAGAAAAUCAAUGAUUGUUUGUCUCAAAUCAAGCAACUGAUUCCCGAAGCUAAGGAACUUGAGGUAAAAUGAAUUAGUCUGCUUCUGCACAAAUUCACCACAUGUUUCAUAACCUCUUUGGGAGAGAAGAAACGCAGCACUUUACAAAAUGCACUCUACCAGUACAAAAAAAGCAUUUUCGUUAAUGAAAUGAAUCAUUUUGAACUUAAUUCUUGUGUUUUCUCCACUUUCCUGUAGGCUAAGAAAGGAUGCAGGCUGGAAAAAGUGGAAAUUUUAGAAAUCGCCGUUAAGUUUAUUCGAAAAAUGAAAAAUAAGAUGUCGGACGACACUGCAAUGAACAGGGCGGGAAAAGAUACGGGUAAGCUUCCAUGCAUGAUAAUUCAUCAAAAUAAUUAAAUUUUUAGUAAAAUUGCUUUACAAAAAUUGGUUUAUGGGCGUAGGUCUUCAAGAUUAACUCUUAGGGUAACAAGAAAUGCUGAGGUUAACGUUAUUGUGGGAAUUCCCUGAAUGUAAAUUUUGGCGUUUGCAUUUGGGUGGACGCCUAAUUGUAUUCCCUUGAAAAAACGAGUUGCGCUGCACUCGUACUGUAAAUUCGCCCUUAUACGCGCACACCAAACCGAGAAACAAUGUCAAAUUCCAGAAAAAAAAAAUUACCAAUGGACAAAAUCAUGUGAGCUUGCAUGUUUUAAGAGAGAGGCAGUGCUAGAUACAUCUGGCAUUCUAGUAUCCAUUCUAGUACUUCGAUUUCUGAAAUAUUCUAGCGAGUCUAGCAAAUGAACCAAAGCAGAAAAGGAAAAGAGGAAAAAAUGUUUUUAGAGGAAUGUAAACACAUUCAUCAAAUUACUUCUGUCGCACCCUCUGUGUAUGUUGCUCUGAGGAACAUGUUUGUCAUAUUCUUCUUCCCCUAAUUUGCCACGAUGCCGAACGAGCUGAUGCAUGUCUUCGGAUACAUAUAUUUUGUAAACAAAAUAAUGCUAAAAGAUAUUUUGCACUAAGAUUUCUCGUUUUGUACCUUUUAAUCAAUUCAGUAUUCAUUUCUACCUUGUUCACAGCAAGCUCUUCAGUGCUCGAGGAGCGUCCAUCGUUCGUAAACAUGAAUACAAGCAUGGCUUCCACAGGACCAACAUUUUCAAGCCUUUAUGAUCUUGCCCAAGAUUACGACCCUUCAAUGCAGAUGCCUCAAGGGAGAUUUUAUAAUUAUCCACCGAUUUUUGGACCCACUCCAAGGUUUUUCACACCGUUGUGUGUUUCUUCUAACACGGUAUUCGAUCCUGUGAGUGGAGAGACUUUUGCUUAUCAGCGGCAAUUUGUCCCGGCUUUACUCAAAGAAACCGAAGAGCCAUAA